AUGGAUGGACAAUUUUUCCAUAUGAGGUGUUGUGCUCAUAUACUAAACUUAGUUGUGAGUGAUGGCUUAAAAGAGUUGCACAAUUCAAUCACAAGUAUUAGGAAUGCUGUAAGAUUUGUAAGGUCUUCACCACAAAGAUUGGCUAAGUUUAGAGAGUGCAUAGAGUUUUCGAAAAUUGAAUGCAAAAAAUUGUUGUGUCUUAAUGUUCCCACAAGGUGGAAUUCCACAUAUAUGAUGUUAGAUGCAGCAAUCAAAUUUCAAGUUGCAUUUGAAAAGCUUGACAAUGAAGACUCUAGCUAUAUGGCUUUUUUUGGUGAUGAAGGUCCCCCAUCUCCUAGUGAUUGGAAACAUGCCCAAGAUUUUGUGAAGUUUCUAAAACUUUUCUAUGAAGCCACUAAAUCUUUCUCAACAUCAUUGCAUGUGAGUAUACACAUUGCGUUUCACCAAAUGGUUACUAUUCAUUUUGCACUUGACAAGACAACCAUGAAUCUGAAUAGUAUAUUAGCACCUACUAGUUAUGACAUGAGGUUGAAGUAUCACAAAUAUUGGGGUAAUGUUGACAACAUUAAUCACUUGUUAUAUUUUGGUGUAAUUUUUGAUCCUCGAUACAAGUUUGAGUAUGUCAUUUGGAAUUUUCAAGAAAUGUACAAACAUGAUUCAAACAAAGCUGUUGAAUUAACUAACUGUGUAAAAGACAGUUUGAAGAAAAUGUAUGAUUGGUACAAAUCACUUCAUGAUGAACAACAUAGACCUGAGCAACCACUUGAACAUCAAUUUCAUGCAUCAACAAUUCCUGAAAUUCAUGUAUAUUUGGCCAGGGCUGAUGCUUUUAAGAAGCAUUUGAGAGAAAAGGACACCAUAGAUAGAAAGAAUGAGUUAGAGAGGUAUUUAAAUGAAUUUGUUGUCGAUGGUGAUGACCAACUUGAUAUUUUGGUUUGGUGGAAAAUAAACUCUUCACGGUUUCCCAUUUUAUCAAGAAUGGUUAGAGAUGUGUUGGCCACCCCUAUUUCUACAAUUGCCUCUGAGAGUGCAUUUAGUACUGGAGGUAGGGUUUUGGAUACUCUUAGAAGCUCUUUAAAUCCACCAAUGGUUGAGGCACUUAUCUGUGCUCAAAAUUGGUUGAGGACCACUAUAACUCAAUUUGAUGAAUCUAACGGUAACACAAUGGAUGGAAGCGGAGUUGGUUCAUCAUCUCACAGCAACCAAUGUUGUGACUCUUAA